GAUAAAUACAGUUAAUAUUACUUGUCUCCAGUCUUUUUAUCACUGUAAUUGUGUAAGCAUGCACAAAAUGGUGUGUUUAAAGAUUAAAAACAAUUCUUAACUGCAACACAAGAUGGCAGUCCAACACAAAGAAUAACAGCAUCUUCAUUCAGGCUGUCAGACCCCUCUGUAUACCUCAGACACAGUUCUGUGUCUCAGAGUGCACCAGUGACAGCAGCACUUUUACCAUCACAGAGCAGGAAAGCUUUCAGUAGAAAGCUUCGGCAGCAGGACCAGAUGCAAUCAGGUCGGGUCCUGAGAGCCUGCUUUGACCAGCUAACACCGGGAGAUCUUCAGCCUCUCCUUGGCCCGAGCAGUGGUUCCCACGUGCUUCAAAGAGUCCAUCAUUGUCCCUGUAAGUAACAGUCCGCUUGAUGCAAUGAUUCCCACAGUGCCCAGUAACAUUGACUUUAAUGGUGAUGAAGUGUUUAGAGAGACUGGUAAAAGAUCACGUCACUCCUUCACUUCCUGUCACCAUUGACCCACUUCAGUUUGCACACCAGACUAAUCGUUCCACAGACGACGCCAUAUCUCACCUGCUCCACACAUCCCUGAGCCACCGAGACACUGGCAGAGGGAAGCAAGAGUAACAUGCCUCUGCUGACUGCAGGUGUUUUCAGCUCCUCUCUGUGGUGGAACACAUGGAGAAAGAAACCUCGACGUGAUGACCCGACGUCGCUGGAUGAUCUCCUCCACAGCAGAACAAAGGUAUGCCAGUAUUUUGUGAGUCUUUGAGAGGGAAAAACAGGAUUUAUUCAGAUUCAUUUUCAGCCCUAAAACUAAGUCCUGCAUACAAACAGCUGCUGCGCACAAACUAUCACAUAUGAAACCCGAGGUGGAGUUAAGAAAUGUCUGCUGUCAGUGUCUCACUCGGCUCAACUUUGCUGUUUUUCAGCGUCUUCGUGUUCGUCUCUGCAGACCAGAUGAACAUCACAUCCGAGUCUGGGCAGGACGUCACGCUUCCAUGUCAAGUUACAAAUAAGAUCUCAGCUGUAGUUUGGAGCAGAGCAGACCUGGAACCGAAAAAUGUCUUUUUGUACCAGGAUGGGCAUUUUUUCCCAAACAACCAGCAUCCAUCAUAUAAGAACAGAGUGGAUCUGGGGGACAGAGGGAUGAAGGAUGGAGACGCGUCUUUGAUUGUGGAGAAAGUGACCACUGCUGACUCUGGAACAUACAAGAGUCGUGUUAAAAUAGCAGAAACACGUUCAUGGAAAAACAUCACCAUCAAUCUGAGAAUUCCUCCAGAUCGAUCAGGACCGGGUGGAACUGGAUCUAUUGGAGUGAUAGUUGGCCUGAUAGUUGCAGGUGUGGCUGUUGCUGCUGGUUUAUCGUUCUGCAGAAAACAAAAGCCACAGAGUCAGAAUUCCUUCCAGCCUCCCGAUGAUCAGGACUAGACUGUCUGCUAAACUCUAAACUGAGUCUUCAGCUGGUGCUCGAAACUCUCAGUGCUGACACCAAACAUGAUGAAAUACAGAUAAUCACUGUCAUGCUGGACAUCAUCAUCAUCACACUUGACAGCAGAACAGCGACUCAGAUGAUAUAAAUAGACAAAGUUUAAGUUUAUACUUUUGUUUCCUUUGAUAAUAGUUAAUCAUGCUUAAUUCCUAUCAUGUAUACUUAAGAUUAAAUCUGAUCAACAUGAUGACGAAUGAGAAAACUUAACAUCCUAACAUCACCAGUCAUCCUGUUGAACCUCAGCUCUGUAUUUCAAUAUUAUAUUAAACAACACUUCCUGACUUUUCUA